AUGGAGGCUGUGAGAAGGCUCGUCCUCUUGGCCCUCUUAACUGUGCCAUGUUUGGCAGAGUUGAUCUGGACCAAGUCUGAAGGCAAAUCAAGCUGCCAGGCCAGCUUGGGAGGCUCCAGCCAGUCAGAUGUCCACAGGGCCCUAAUCCUGCAACUCAAUCCCAAUGAGGACUGCACCUGGACACUAGAAAGACCGGAAAACAAGAGCAUCAGAAUCAUCUUUUCCUAUUUCCAGCUUGAUCCUGACGGACGAUGCGAAAGUGAAAACAUUAAAGUUUUUGAUGGAAACUCUACCAAGGGCUCUCUGCUGGGGCAAGUCUGCAGUAAACAUGACUACAUUCCUGUUUUUGAAUCCUCAUCCAAUUCAUUAACGAUUCAAAUCCUCACUGACUCUGUAAGAAUUCAAAGAAGCGUCUUCAUCUUCUACUACUUCUUCUCUUUUGGCAGCUCUGUUCCAGAAUGUGGUGGUUACUUGGACUCCUUGGAAGGCUCUUUUACCAGCCCCAAUUACCCGAACUCGCAUCCUGAGCUGGCUUACUGCGUGUGGCACAUACAAGUGGAGAAAGGUUACAAGAUAAAACUAAACUUCAGAGACAUUUUCUUAGAAGUGGAUGAACACUGCAGAUUUGAUUUCAUUGCUGUCUAUGAUGGUCCCUCCACCUCCUCUGGCCUGAUUGGACAAGUGUGUGGCCGUACGAGGCCCACCUUUGAAUCCUCGUCAGACUCGUUGACCGUGGUGCUAUCAACAGAUUACGCCAACUCCUACCGGGGCUUCUCUGCUUCCUACACUUCCAUUUAUGCAGAAAAUAUCAACACUACAUCUUUAACUUGCUCCUCUGACAAGAUGAGGGCUAUCAUAAGUAAAUCCUACCUGGCGUCACUUAAAUACAGAGAGAAUAACUUACACCUGAAUGACCCAACUUGCAGACCGAAAAUCUCAAACGUGGUGGAAUUUUCUUUUCCUCUUGAUGGAUGUGGUACGAUCAAAAAGGUGGAGGGUCACUCGGUCACUUACACCAACGUGAUCACUUUCAUCCCGUCCCCCACGUCGGAAGUGAUCACCCGCCAGAAGCAUCUCCAGAUCAUUCUGAAGUGUGAAAUGGAAUCGAAUUCUACUGUGGAGAUGAUGUAUGUAACGGAAGAUGAUGUAAUACAAAAUCAAAGCGCCCUGGGAAAAUACAACACAAGCAUGGCUCUUUUUGAAUCCAAUUCAUUCGAAAAGCCUAUACUGGAGUCACCAUAUUAUGUGGAUUUGAACGAAACUCUUUUUGUGCAAGUCAGUCUGCACACCUCCGAUCCAAAUUUGGUGGUAUUUCUGGAUACUUGCAUUGCCUCUCCCAUGCCUGACUUUGCAUCUCCAACCUAUGACUUGAUCAGGAGUGGAUGCAUUCAAGAUGACACUUGUAUGAUGUAUCCGUUAUCUGGACACUAUGGAAGAUUCCAAUUUAACGCCUUUAAAUUCUUGAGAAGUCUGGGCUCCGUAUAUCUCCAGUGUAAGAUUUUGAUAUGUGACAGUGGGGACCAUCAGUCUCGCUGCAACCAAGGCUGUGUCUCUAGAAGGAAAAGAGACCUUUCUUCAUACAAAUGGAAGACUGAUUCUGUCAUAGGACCUAUUCGUCUGAAAAGGGAUCGAAGUGCAAGUGGAAAUCCAGGAUUUCAGGACCAAAUACACAGAGAAGAAACUCAGAGUCAAUCUUUUGACAGUCUGCAUCUGUUUUCAUUCAUGGUCCUUGCUCUGAAUGUUGUGAUGGUGGCCGUGAUCGUAGCAAGGCAUUUUGUGAAUCAGAGAACAGACUAUAAAUACGAGAAGCUUCAGAAUAUUAACUGACUGUUCAGCCUUCAGUGAGACCCAUUUUCCCAAAUGCCAAA